AAUUAACAUCAGGGCUACACUUCCUUUGAUUGAUCCUUUGGAUUAACGAAUUAUAUAUUGACUUCUCAGUUUGUAUAAUGGAGGAGACAGGACUAGCAGGAGAGGACUCUGCUGAGUCUUUGGAGGAGUUCCAGAUGGUGCUCAGGGAGCUCCUUGAGGACAAGAGCAUGGACACAAUCCGGGUGGAAUACGAGAAGCUCAUCCAUGCCCUGAGGAAGUCCCGAGAGAAUGAGAAGAGGCUGAUGUCUAAAUGCAGGGAGCUGAAUGCAGAGAUUGUGUCCACCUCAACUAAAGUCACAGCUGCUCUGAAACUGUCCCAAGAAGAUGAGACAACAAUUACUUCACUAAAGAGGGAGCUGGAUAAGGCUUGGAAAAUGGUUGAUGCUGCUCAUGAUAAAGAAAAGAUGGAUAAAGAUACCAUCAGGAAUUUAAAAGAAGAAGUUGCCAAUCUAAUGAAAAUUGCAGAGCAACAGUCUGGUUUCUCUAUGGACCAACAGCACAGUGAUCUACUUAAGAUGAAUGAGGAGUUGACAAAGGAGAGGGAUCAGCUGCUGAAAACUGUGGAGGGUCUUAGAGAAAAACUAAGCAAGGCCACAUCAACCCAGCAGGACAUAGAUGCCCAAAGACGGAGCGCCUUAGAGAAUAUCUCUCAGCUCCAGCAGGAGCUCCAGGUGCAACAGAAUGAGAUUUCCCGGGAGAUGAGGCUGAAGGAAAAGCUGGACAAGGAGGUGAAGCAGCUGCACACUGACAUGGAGGCCAAGACGGGGGACAUCAAAGCUCUGAAUCUGCAGGGCCAAAGGGCCAAAGAGGAGCAGCAGAGACUGGAGCAGCAGCUGAAAGAACUAAAGAUGCUGAAUGAGCGAUCCAACAAGGAGUUGGAGCAGAUGCAGAUAAAGAAUACCAGGCUGCAGCAGGAGUGUGAGCAGCUCUCAUCAGUCAAAGAGCAUCUCUCCUUGGAAAAUCAGCAGAAUGCAAAUGAACUCAAGAUGAGAGAAGAGGAGGUAACUCAGAUGCGUCACGAGGUUGCCAAACAAACAAAGAUGAGAGAAACAAUCCAGAAGAAGUUCCACCAGAUGGAGGAUCAGAAAGCUGAUGUGGACGUCCAGAGGGAGACACUGAAAGCUCAGAUAGCUGGUCUGGAGAAAGAUCUUGAAUCUUCACAAAAGCAAGUGGAAGCUGACAAGAAAGCCAUAGACGAGCUGAUCCGAGAGAGAGACAUCUUAAAUAAGAACAUGAUCAAAGCUGCACAGUCGACAGAGAAACAGCAAAACCUUGUCAAGCUCCUCGAGCAGGACAAGAAGACGCUGGAGCAUGAGAUCAGUGGAUACCGCCAGGAGGCUCAGAAGCAACGCAAGAUCAUUCAACAGCUGGAAAAAGAACGUGACCGCUACAUUAAUGAGACCAGCAACCUCAUGCAGAAGGUGCAACAGAAAAUGAAUGAUGUUGAAGUAAGAGAGAUGGAGAUAUUUGAUUGGAGGAAGAAGGUCACUGAGGCAGAGUGCAAGCUGAAACAGCAAGAGAACCUGCUGGAGUCUGUUGUGUCUGAAAGGAACCUCUACAGCAAAAACCUCAUCGAGGCUCAGGAAGAGAUUGCAGAGAUCAAGAGGAAGAUGAAGACCAUGAACAACCAGGUGACCCGGUUGAGAGAUGAGAUCACUGGGAAGGAGUUGGCCCUGGCCAAAGAUCAGCAGGAGCACAAGCGCUUAGAGAAGGAUAAUGAAUCCCUCAAGGGGGAGCUGCAGUUGAUUAAGCUGCAGCUGGAAGAAACAAAGCAGCGUGUUGACAGUCAAAAAGCAGAACAGCAAAAACUGCAAAAGAUUAUAGCAGAUGCUGAUGCUGAACAGAUCCAACAGAAGAAACAACUGGAACAGGUGAUCAGAGAGCGGGACACCCUGGGAAAGCAGCUGCUACGCCGCAAUGAUGAGCGAGCCCUGCUCUGUGAGAAGAUCAGGAUCCAGCAAUCAAUCCUGAGCAAGGGUGACUUCCACUACAACCAGCGGAUGGAGGACAUCCGUUUGCUCAAACUGGAGAUCAAGAGGCUGCGGCAUAAGAAGAGCAUCCUGGACAAGACUGUACCCAACACUGAGGACCUGAGGCGAGAGCUGUUCCACCUGCAGAGGGAGCUGCUCAGAGAAAGGAUGAGAAGCAACGUCCUUGAGGAACAGCUGAAGCCCAUAAAUAUUCACCGAUGGAGACGACUGGAGGGCAGUGACCCCAGCAAAUAUGAACUCAUCCAGAAGAUUCAGUCCUUACAGAAACGACUUAUCACCAAGACCCAAAAGCUUGAGGAACACGAACUUCUACUACAGGAAAAGGAGAAGCUGUAUGUGGAACUGAAGCACAUUCUGGCCCGGCAGCCUGGUCCAGAGGCAGCUGAGCAGCUCCAGCAAUGCCAGUGGACCAUCAGAGAGAGAACCAAAAAGCUCAAGGUGCUGAUAGCAGAGCUGAGAAUGCUCGACUCAAAGAUGAAUGAGUACAAAAGUGAGAAUCAAAGAUUGGCCAACGAGCUUGCAAACAUCAAGAAGAAGUACCUCAGUCAGAAAAAGCUACACAGUGAGCAGAGGACCAAGACCAAAGUGGGGCAGUUGGAGCCACUGCCCCAGCUGAGCAGCAAACCUCACUUUACUGGAGGAGGCUUCAGGAUUGACCACCCUGUGAGAAGAUAAUGGACAUCAUCAGAGAAUAUUUUGUUAUUCAUCUGUUUAAAACCUUUUAAAUCAUUUGAAAUGAAAAAUAUCUAUCACUAUAUAACACUGUGCUUUACAAUGGCAACAUAGAAAGAACAGAAGGUUACUGGAUGACUUUUUCUUUUGCUUUUUAUCAGGUGCAGAUACUAACAUUUGACACACUGCAUCUUCAACACUAUAAACAGAGUAUACAGUAAAUAGCCCUCUUAAGCAUAUGAUAGGCUCUAAAUGGGGGUAGGGAGGGUUAUCCAUACACCUUCAAUGUAAAAUGCAAAAGUUCAAGAAACCAUCCUAUUCCUUGAGGCUUAAACAAGACUUUGGAGUAUUUUUUAAACAGUCUAUCUAUUAUCUUUCUACAUUAAAUAUAAACAUAACAAAUAUGAACAGGUUCCCUUCUAGCAAAGUCUGUAUAACUCUUUCAAUAUCCAACAUGGACCAGUUUCAUUUCAAAGAUCAUUCUGCAGAAAAAAAAAAAAAGUAUAUUAUCUUAAGACAGCUGAUUCAGAUCAUAACCUGAUAUUAUUAUUAUCCAAUAGGAUGUAUGAUGUACAUGGUUUGUAAAAAUAUGCAUAAUGUGGUUUCCCAUCAAUUUUUCUUCAUUACACAUCACUCAAGCAGAAGAGAAUUGAGACGAUACAGUAUACUGAGAGGAGCAUCUCACAGCCCUCUCAAUAAGAGGAAGUGGACCGAUCACUCAUGCUUCAGCUUUCCCACCAGUGUCAGGUUAAAUAAAAAUAUUGCAAAGCACAAAACUGACAUAUUGUGCCAGUUAUGACUUCUAGUCUGACUGGUUUUUAAGAAAGAAUAAAGAUGCCCGUCGACUUCUGUCGAUAGUUUUACUUUAUUUGGCUCCUGAAUCUCUAAAGACCACAGUCCAAAUGCUGAAGCUUACAUUUAAUCAUUUCUGUCAUCAUACUAUAAAGGCAGGGUCAUCUGACAGGGCUAGUUGUUCAUUGUUCAAACCACUACUUUAAACAUGUGGUCAGUCAGCUUAAUGUCAUUGAUGUUUUUUAUUUGUCUGAGUAUGUGAAGUGUAAAGUGACAUGUAAAGCACUUUGAGUGAAUUGCACUUCCUCUUUUUGAACAAGUGUGCAUUGCUUGAGAUUUAAUCAAAGAUCCUAAAAUAUGACUGCUGUAUGUUUA